AUGGCAAUCGCGAGGAAGGUCGUCGAGUCGUUGUUGCGGCCGGUCUUCGCUGCAAGUUUCCGUCGAGGGCUGUCGACCGGGCCUGCUACUCAUCCCCUGCUCGUCUUGGGGCUAGAGAGCUCAGCAGACGACACUUGCGCCGCCAUCGUCUCGAGCGACCGCAAGAUCCUCUCGAACGUCGUCAUCAAGCAGCACUCGAUUCACGAGUCUUUCGGUGGCAUACACCCCAUGCAUGCGAUGAAGGCUCAUCAAGCCAACAUGCCGGAAGCGAUCUCGCGCGCCCUCAGCGAAGCGAACUUGUCCCUUGCCGACAUCGACGCUUUCGCCUGUACACGAGGGCCGGGCAUGCCAGGCUGCCUGGCCGUAUGUAACGCAUCUGCAAAGGCGCUCGCUGCGGCGACGGGCAAGCCGUUGCUGGGCGUUCACCACAUGCAAGCGCACGCUCUCACACCCUUCCUUACGGCAUCACCCAACACCGACUCUCCCGCACCAGAGUUUCCCUUCCUCACCCUCCUCCUCUCCGGCGGCCAUACCCUCCUCCUUCUCGCUCGCUCCAUCUCUUCCUUCUCCAUCCUAGCCACGACUCACGACGAGAGUAUCGGCGCAUCAAUAGACAAGGUCGCCCGGGCCUUGCAGAUACCCUGGGCCCUCGGCGCAGGUUCGCCCGGCGCCGCGCUCGAAAAGUUUGCCUUUCCAGGCGGUUCCGCCGCUCCCGGCGCUCCCGCCGCUCCUUCUUCCACCGACCUACCGCCAGACCCCUCAUUUACAAUCCCCUUCCCUCGCGAAAUGGCCUUCUCAUACGCCGGUAUCCGAUCAGCCGUCACUCGCAUCCUCGAUGCCGAGCCCGCCGCCUCAAUGUCAGACGCGCGGCGAAGACAAAUCGCCAGGUGCUAUCUGGAGGCGGCGUUCGAGCAUAUAGGGGAGAAAGUCGGGAUGGCGAUGCGAAAGCUGGGUAGGGAGGGACAGGAAGUCAAGGGUCUGGUCGUCAGCGGCGGAGUUGCUAGUAACCUGGUCCUCAGGCAAAGACUACGCGCGAAGCUGGACUCGCUUGGCAGACCUGAACUCCCGCUCAUCUUCCCUCCGCCAGCUUUUUGCACAGAUAACGCCGCCAUGAUCGCCUUCGUCGGCCUCCUCCGCCUCCAGCGCGGCCUUGUCGAUCCGCUUACGAUGAUCCACGAGGGUACAUGGCCAAUCACGGAAUGCGAGGCGGACUUUGAGCAGAAGGAACGUGAGGAGGAGAGCGCUGAGGCGCCGUAG